UCUCUCUCUCUGAAGCAGUCUCCUCGUCUGUCAUUUGACCAGGCAGUUCACAGAGGCGAGAGCUCAGCACCAGAGAAAAAGAAGAGAAAGAAAAACAGGAGAGCGGCAGGGAGAAGAGAACAUGUUCAGUGUAUCACUGAGCUUGCUGGAUACUUUUGCAGCCUUUUUCAUAGAAAAACAAAUCCCCUGUUGGUUUGGAUUUCCUCUUGCCUGCUUCUUUUGAGGACUGCCAGUGUCUUGGAUGUGGGCUGUAGUACUGUUAACAGUCAACUGAGGAGAAGGAGGAGGUAGAAGAAGAAGAAGAAGAAGAGGAUCAGCUGACACCUUUUUUGGAGAUUUACACUUUGCAGGAGUAAAGCUGGAAAGGAGUGGUGGGGGGGAGAGAGACUGACUGCCGGGCCCCAUGCCCACCCCUGCUAAUGCUUGAACAGCAUGAAAGGGGGCCACCACCAUCACCAUCGCCACUACCGAGGCUGUGGCUGCCAGCACUUGUUCCGUAAAGUCCUAGUUAAGUGUGGCUGCUGCUAUGCCAGAGUCAGAGACUCAUACUCAGCAGCAGGGAGUGAGGGCAGCAUUUCCACCUCUGUGGCGUCGCUGCCACCGCAGCCAUCAGGCAGCUCGGCCCCCAGCUCGCCAAGCUCUAGACGCUCUGUCAGUACCCUAAAGAAGUGGCUUACAAACCCUGUCCGCAAACUCAGCGCUGGAUCUGCUGCCAAGGGGGAACGUCAGGUCCGAAGGCUUGAGGGAAAAUCCCCUCCUAUCCCAUCCCACAGCCACAGCCAGGACCUCGGCAGCCCUAUGCGGCUCGAUGAAGCGUUUACCAUUCUACCCAUCACCCACAGAGAACGGGAAUGGAAAGAUGGCCUGGCAAGCCCAGAAGACCUGUCACCAGAUUCCCUACAUCCGCCAGGUUACAUGAGUGCUUCGCCUGCUGACUUCACUUCACUGCCAGACAAGCAGGACACUCAGUCUACCGGUGUUCUGCCUGACGACAGCGAGUCAGUCUUGAUGGACGACACCUCCAGCCAAUGGUCCACUGUGGCUGACACUGAGGAGGAGAGGAAAAGUGCCUUAGAGAAAAGCAUGUAUGUACUGCAGGAGCUUAUAGAGACAGAGAAGUACUAUGUGGCAGACCUGGGUUUCAUAGUGGAGGGCUACAUGGCCACAAUGAGUUCCAAAGGUGUUCCAGAUGAUAUGAAAGGAAAGGACAAGAUUGUUUUUGGAAACAUUCACCAAAUAUAUGACUGGCAUAAAGACUACUUCCUGGGAGAGCUGGAGAAGUGUUUGGUGGAGCCAGAAAGGUUGGCUCAGCUCUUUAUUAAACAUGAGAGACGUCUUCACAUGUAUGUUGUGUACUGUCAAAACAAGCCAAAGUCGGAACAUAUUGUCUCAGAGUAUAUUGAGACCUACUUUGAGGAGCUCCGACAGCAGCUGGGACACAGGUUGCAGCUCAAUGACCUGCUCAUCAAACCUGUGCAGCGGAUUAUGAAGUACCAGCUUUUGCUCAAGGACUUUUUGAAAUAUUACACCAAAGCUGGGAUGGACACUGAAGAGUUGGAGAAAGCAGUUGAAGUGAUGUGCUUCGUGCCAAAACGUUGCAAUGACAUGAUGAAUGUGGGUAGAUUGCAAGGCUUUGAGGGAAAGAUCACAGCCCAGGGAAAGCUGCUGCAGCAGGACACCUUCACCGUCACAGAGCAGGACAGUGGCUUUCUGUCACGAGCCAAGGAGAGACGAGUAUUCCUGUUUGAGCAGUUGGUUAUCUUUAGCGAACCCAUCGACAGAAAAAAAGGCUUCUCCAUACCUGGAUACAUCUUUAAAAGCAGCAUCAAGGUUAGCUGCCUGGGGGUGGAGCCCACUGUGGAUGGUGAUGAUGCACGUUUUGUACUGACCUCACGAAACUCGGAUGGGAGUGUGGUGAGAUACCAGCUGCAGGGCUCCUCUCCAGAGAUCUGCAGAGCUUGGGUUAAUGAUGUGGUUCAAAUCCUGGAGAGUCAGCGCAACUUCCUUAAUGCCUUACAAUCACCAAUCGAAUAUCAGCGACGAGAGAGCAAGUCCAAUAGCCUGGGCCGCAGCAUGAGGCCCCCUCUGUCUGCUGCCAGUGACUUGCGGCCCCACUCAUCUGCCUCCAUUGACCGCCAUAAGCUGCCCUCCCUCCACUCUCACAACACCUCUCUGCCGGCGCUCUACUUGCCGAGCCAAAGCCAGAGCCAAGGGCCGAAUGAGACCUUCUCAUUGAGGGGUGCCAUUGUGGUGCAGCCAUGCUCUGCUGACUCCCAUACUGCUUCACCAUCACAUGUCCGACUGGGUCUCUCUGAUCAGCCAACCUGUCCAGCUGUAUCAAACGGGCUUUACACUCCGGCCACACAGUGUGCACAGCAGAGAGCAGGAGAGGGCUUCCGCAGAGGUUCCACUUCUGAUGUGGUGACCCAGGCUGCUCUACCGGGCCCCUCAGCUGGUCGGCGCCCCAGUAACCUAGCCCAGCUAGCAGAAGACGACCUUUGAACUCUCCUGCGUCAGGAGGACAGUGGCUAAUGCUCCACCCGUGAAGACACCACUUGUGCACUGUUUGUUUAGGCAAGGCUGUGGUGUAUGUUUUUUUUGGGACUUUUAAAGAACCUGAAGUAUGGAGGAACCAUAAGCUGAAAAAACCCCCAAGAUAUAUAUAUAUAUAUAAAAAAACUGCUUGGUUCCCUUUUUGAGAACCACUUAAAAGGGAGUUGAUGUGGCCUUGAUCACCUCCAGUGAACACCAAGAGCACCCAGCGGGAUGCUGUUGGGUUCAGAAUGAGAAAACACUCCAUGAUAUGACAAUUUCUGCUUUCUACUUUUUUUUUUGAAGAGUUUGUAUUCCUCUCUUUGAAAGGGAUGGAGUUAAAUCUUGGAUGAUUCCAUUCCUAAUUGGGGCAAUCACUGGAGCUAGGUGUAAAUGUGUGUUUGUGCAAUGAUUUGUGGAUGAGUUAGUAUGCAUGAAAGCGGGCAAGGAGUGACUCCUUGUUCCCUUUAAGUUUCAUUCUGAUGCCCUGCGUUGAAGACAUACACAGUAUGUUUUUAACCCCCCCUGCUGACACCUGAGUAUGCUUUUUAUGUUGACAAGAAGGGGAAAGGAGGAACAUUUGAUGUGGGCAUCACAAGAACUUUAUUUGCUCAAUUUUCAUUCAAAAGUAAGGAACUUUCUUUAUUACAACAGUGUUGAGGGGCACCAAGCGUGCUCUGAUAUUCUGUUUGACCGGCCUCCCUUUGAUCUGGACAGGAAGGCAUGAAUGAACCCCCUGGAGGUUUUUCUGUGGGUAUGACGUCACCUCCUAGUUCUCUUUCCCUCUUUUGACAACUGCAGUGGAGCUGAAAAUGCAUUUAAAGAGACUCACCCAAAGUGUUGCAUGCAACAUCUCCUAGGUCACUGAAUGGCACAACGUCCCAUUACAAGAAUCUGUUGUGAUCCUUGAAAAAUGGAUUGAUUUAAACUUAUAUAAGUUGUAUUAUGAGUUACUUGUUAUCAUGUCAAGGCUGUGUGACAUUCUAUAACUCUUUCCCUAAUGGAUCAUAUACUGUACAUACCAUAAAGCAAACAUACUGUUAGUACUGCUACUUAAAGGAUCGGGUAUAACCCAGAACUCUCAUGAAUUCAGCUGGUUGUUUGCAUAUUCUUCUUCCUAAAAAGUGCCAAAAACGACUGUAGCUCAACUCUUUGAUUUUUCAACCCCUGUUCAGUUUGCCAUCGCUCACUCAAAACCUCUCAAAUGUAAUUUCUGUUAGGAUUUCAAUAACAAGUUAGGAGUGUAGAAUGGCUUCUUUACAUGUGGCCACUAGAGGUCCUCAAAAGACCUUUACCUCCAGUUCAGUUUGAUCAUACAGCUGCACCAAAGAUCAAAAGGCCUCAAAUUUCAGAGCUCACAUUGAAAAUGAUGCUUGGAAACCUUUCCAAACAGAACAAAACCAAUGAUAAUCCAGCUUUUACUAGGGUAAAAAUUGAAAUCUGGGAUAAUUACGGUAAUACAUUUAACUGCAGGUCAUUUUACUGAGUUCUCAUGGAAUGAGUGAUCAAGCAGUUUUGCAUGAAACACACAAAGGAAUACCUCCACAGGGAACCAACAGUAGAGGAUAUAACACCGGAAAAACGCUGGUUAAUGUCACAUUUGAGCAACUAGACAGAGAUGCAUCAUAUAAAAUAAAAGUUGUCUUUUGGAAAAUAAA